AUGAGUUCAACUAAAAUGCCAGCUGGAUCAACCACCGCUAACACAGUGUUCUGGUAUAUUCCAAAUCAAAUUGGUUAUAUGCGUGUCUUAACCGCCGUGAUUUCUUUCUUUACAAUGCACAACUACCCUGUAUUUACUGGGUUGGUAUAUGGGAUCUCAUGUUUGUUGGAUGCGCUUGAUGGUACCAUGGCUAGAAAGUACAACCAGGUAAGUACUUUAGGUGCUGUUUUGGAUAUGGUUACUGAUAGAUCUACUACAUCUGGUUUGACAUGUUUCUUAUGUUAUAAGUUUCCUUCCUGGUGUGUUAUUUUUCAAUUGCUAUUGGCUCUCGAUAUCUCAAGCCAUUAUAUGCACAUGUACGCUACGUUAAGUAGCGGUACUACUUCUCAUAAGAAUGUCAGUAACGAGUCUUCUAAGUUGUUACAUCUUUACUAUACAAGAAGAGAUGUUCUGUUUACUAUUUGUUUUUUCAAUGAAAGUUUUUACGGUGGUUUGUAUUUGUUUGCCUAUGACAACUACCACACGUUUGGUAAAUGGGUUGCUUUGAUCAGUUUACCAGGGUUCAUUUUUAAGCAGAUUACAAAUGUUAUUCAAUUACAAAGAGCUGCUCUGAUUUUGGCAACCUCUGAUGCCACCAAAGCCAACGAAAGGGCAAAAUCAAAUUAA